AAACAGCGUGUGGUUGUAUAACGCAGGUUAAUGUAGACAAGGACAGAGUUCUUAUUUUCUGUACAAAACUCUCAUAAAAAUGAGAAUAUUAAUCGGUGGAGGUUCUGGGUUCGUUGGACGGGAGCUCAUCCGACUUCUUAAAAGCAAAGGUCACGAGGUCACAGUUAUAUCCAGAACACCGGGUCCAGGACGGAUCACCUGGGAGGAGGUGGAUGCAUCGGGACUCCCUCGGUGUGAAGCUGCGGUGAACCUGGCUGGUGAAAAUAUCCUGAACCCUCUGAGAUGGUGGAACCAGAGUUACCGGGAGGACGUGUUCUCCAGUCGACUGAGCAGCACCACAGCCUUAGCGACCGCCAUCGCUAACUCCCAUGAUCCUCCGCGGUCCUGGGUCCUCGUCACCGGAAUGGCGUGUUACAAACCCAGUCUGGACGCCCAGUACACGGAGGACAGCGAGUGGACGCCCUUCGACCUCUGGUCUCGGCUGGUGAGGGAGUGGGAGGAGGCGGCGCGACUCCCUGAGGACGUCGCUAAAACCACCAGACAGGUCAUCGUCAGAUCAGGCGUGGUUCUGGGUCGUGACGGUGGCGCUAUAAAGCAGAUGCUAACUCCGUUCUGGCUGGGUCUGGGAGGGACGCUGGGCUCCGGAUGCCAGCCCUUCCCCUGGAUCCACGUCUCAGAUUUAGCCGGAAUAAUCGCUCACAACCUGCCGUCGUCGUCGUCAUCGCCCCACUCGGUACAGCCGGAGGUUUAUAACGGCGUCGCUCCCAGUUUAAACACCAACCUGGAGUUCACCAAGGAACUGGGGCGCGUCCUGAACCGUCCCACCCUGUUCCCUGUUCCCGAGCUGGCGCUGAACCUGGCGCUGGGUCGGGAACGCGGCAUGAUCCUCACGCGGGGGCAGAGAGUCGUACCCAAGCGGACCCUGGGGUCGGGAUACCGCUACCAGUACCCGGAUCUGAGCUCGGCGCUGAGGCAGAUUAUCGGGAGCUGUUAGCGGUGGGUGUGGCUGAAACACUCACUGUCUUAAGCACUUAUCCAAUCAGGGUCAGGGAGGGGGAGGGGGUGGAGCCUAUCCCAGCUUUUCAAUGGGCGCAAGGCACACAGUAACACCCUGGACGGGGCGCCAGUCCAUCGCAGGGCACACACACAUGUAUACACACACACACACACACAUACAUAUACACACACACACACACACACACACAUAAACACAAACACACACACGCAUAUAAACACACACAUACACUCAUACAUACACACACACACACAUACAUAAACAUUACACACACACAUACACACACACACUCAUACAUACACACACACAUACAUAAACAUUACACACACACACACACAUAAAAACACACACAUACAUAAACAUUACACACACACACAUACACACUCAUACAUACACACACACACAUACAAAUACA